UAUUUUUGGUUGGUGAAAUAAGACGUUACUAAUAAAUAGUCUUUUGCGUCAAAAUUCAUUGAUGGAAAAACAAAGUGGAGAUAAGAAUGUCGGAGAAGAAUGAGCAAUCUCUGGAUCCAAUUCCGGUGGACGUGUUGUUCGAGAUCCUCAUGAGGUUGCCUGCGAAAGAUGUAGCCAGGUUCCUUUGCGUAUCGAAGUUUUGGGCAACAAUCAUCGGCGGUCGGGAAUUCAUCAGAUCCUACUCGCUUCAGACUUCCCAACAGCCUCGCCUCCUCUUCGCUUUCAAUAACGAAAUAAAAGGUUAUCAAGAAAAUUGGUACUUCUUUUCCAAAUCAACUCAUGUUUCUACUCCACUGAGCUCGUGUGAGCGUGAGCCCGUGAAUGGCCGGUUUAGUCAAGGGCAUGGUGGUGCUAGCCUAGUAAAUAAAGUUGCUGUUGUGGAGGAGGAACCACCAGAGUUUCUAUCAAGUACGGUGUGUCACUUGAAGAAACUACGGUACAACAAGCCUAGUUAUGUUCAUGGGUUGAUCUGUUUUUUAUAUGGUGAAGAACAAGUCGUAACUAACCCCGUCACAGGCAAGUCCAUAACCUUACCCACUCUCAAAUCCACUGAAAUGAUCGUCAGAUCUUUUUUAGGAUAUGAUCCAAUCGAUGCCCAAUACAAAGUGUUGUGCUUGACCAAUGUUACUCGGUUUUGUGAACAUCAAGUCCUCACAUUGGGAGGAGCUCAAAACUGGAGAAUGGUCCAGUACUGUUGCAUUCCUCCUCACUAUCCUGGAUAUGAUUCUGUGUGCAUAGACGGCAUCUUAUAUUACAGUGCUUCCUCUAGUUGUACCAUGAAGGAGCCAUUCUUGGUGGGGUUUGAUUUGAGGUCUGAAAGUUUGGAAGUUGCUUCCCUUAUUCCUGAGGGUCUUGGAUCAUUGAACGAAACUAAUUUGAUAAACUACCGUGGGAAAGUGGCUCUUGUCACUCAAUCUAAUGGAAUCGUCUACCAUUUCUAUUUGUGGGUUUUACAGGAUGCCAAGAAACAAGAGUGGUCCAAAGAACACCUAUCUUUUCAUACAGGUGUUACUAGGAAUCUCCAUCGCCGCCGCUUGGAAAUCUUGGGCGUUUCUGAUAUGGGAGAGAUUGUAUUUGCACCCAUCAGGUUUGAAGAGUUGGUUGUUUAUUUUCUGGAUCACAAAACUAACCGGAUUAGAAGAGUUGUCCUUGAAGGAAACCCCAAGCAUAAGUUUAGAGAUUUUAAUCAAGUAUUUACUUUCUUGCAUAACGUAGAGAGUGUUCUGUUUCUUUAAAGAGAGAGAGAGAGAGAGAGAGAGAGAGAGAGAGAUUCUGUGUUUGCUGAAAGUUGCUUGUGGUUCUUUUCUUGUUUUUUUUUUUUCCAACUGAAAGAACAAUUUAAACUUGAAAGAUUUCUUGUUCUAUUCUCUGCUUUGACUUU